UCGCGGCCCCGCGGUGACAUCAGCGCUCCUCGGCCGGCCCGGCUGGGCAGCGGCAGCCCCGAAGGUGAGCCCGGCUCCUCCGCUCUCCCGCAGCCCGAUCCCGCAGCCCGAUCCCCGGGCAGCCACAGGGGUGACACCGCGGUGACACCGCGGGGCCGCUCCCCGAGCCCGCCGCGUUCCCGAGGCUUUCCCGGCGCUUUCCGCGUCGUCCCGCGGCUCCGCGAGGGUGGAGGAGACGCUUCGCCACAGCCUGGCAACAGAGUGCGUGUGGCAACCGCGGGGGAGCGGGAUCCGCACGGCAGCGCCGGGCCGGGCUCGGCUCCCGCCGCUCCUUCCCGGGGAUCUCUGCCGAGGACGGGCUCGGCUCCGGCCGCUCCUUCCCCGCCGGGCUCGGCUCCGGCUGCUCCGGCCGCUCCUUCCCCGCCAGGCUCGGCUCCGGCCGCUCCUUCCCCGCUGAUCUCUGCCGGGGGCAGGGAAAGCUGCCGGGGAAUGGCAGGAGAAGCUGGUGCUUAGGAGCCUUGAUUCCAGCCUGCACGCGAUGCUGCACGCUCCAGAGCAGAGAACCUGGGUGCUGAUGCCAAGGACGUGGUCCAGGUGCCACCCCUGGGCAUUGCCAGCCACAGAGGGGAUGUGUUUGCCUGGCACGGGGGCAUUCCCAGUCUCGUGGAGCAGGAGGGUCUGAGCUGUGAAGGUGCCACACCAACACCUAAAAUGUGAAACCUGUGGAGAAUUCCUAUUGCUGUGCAGUGAACAGCAGGAAGCAAACCAUGGACACCCAGUUGUUCUCCCCAUUCCUGGCAGCAGUCCCCAGUCCCCCCACGCCCCCGGAGCCCUCCCAGCUGUGCAGGGACUGGCUGGGAUGUGCUGAGGAUUUUGGAUCCCAAACUGCCUUCCAGGAGUGCCCAAAAAAAAGGGCACCAAUAAAUCUUUCUUACUCUGGCAAUGGCCCAGAUGUGUUUGGGCUGGUGUCGAGCAUUUUAGAGGAGCCAAACAAGCCAGAGCCAGCUACAGACUGGAAUUCUCUAUCCAGGUUGUUCCCCCCUGUGUGGGCACCUGAUGUGGGCAGCAGCGGGGAGUUCCCAGCUCAGCACUGGGUCCAAAGCAAGGAUUUUCCCAACCUGCUGGGCUCCAGCUGCCAUCAGGGAGCCCUGCAGGAGCCUCCUGAGGUGGAGAUGCUGCACAGAGGUUUGGGGGACCUUCAGCUCCUCGAGUCUUGGCUCUCUCCCCGUGCUCAUCCCAGCAAUGCCCUGAGGAACCCUGGCAAUUCCUCCUUGCAGAACAGCACCACAGCUCCCCAGGAAGGGUUUUCCUUCCCAAACGGGGGCUGGAACCAGCAUUUGUGCACUUAUGACCAUGGGAGAUUAAACGGAGGUUUUGAAAAAUGUGGGUCCAGUUUUAGCCCUUUUUCUCCUCGGAACAGGAUGAAAGAAAGCCCCAGCACCCAGAAGGAGUUCUGGAAAAGAGGAAAAGCUCUGCAAAAUUACGCUCAAGGACAAACUAAGUAUUCCCCUGAUCUUUCCAAUCAGCCUGGUGGUGAUAACUCUUGGGAUAAAGUACCCCAGGACAGCCACUUGUUCUCUAAGAGAUAUGAGAACUUCUCAGCUGCUCCCAAACUGCAGUCACCUCUCCAUCCAUCCCUUCAUUUUUUCAACCCACCCCCUAAGGAAAACACAUUUUCUGGAGGAGCAAGCAGAAAACCCCAGGAAAGCCAUGUGCAAAAUGGCCGUUGUGGCUUUACUUUGGGGAAUGUUUUCAAUAAUAAUAAUAAUAAUGAGUGUAAUGUGAAUAUGGGCCCUAAGGAAAGCUCUCCUCAAGCAGCUGAAUAUGAGUUAUCUGUGAAAAACACUGUGCAAAAUGGCAAUUACUCCUCAUACCAGGGGUGUGCGUGGCUGGAUGGGAGCAGCCUGGCAGCUGCAUCUGAAAUUCCAUAUGGAAAACAAAUGGCAACGAGCCCCCAGUCCUCAUCAGGGGUUUCCACCAUGUCUGGGGGCUCUCCCACCCACCAGCCUUUCACACAGCCCUCCUACUUCUCCCAGCUCCUUCCCAUCCUCCCUCCCAGGAAAGAUGGGAGGUUACAGACCUCAGAUGGAGUUUCCAGCCCCUUGGGGGUUCCUCAUUUCACCUCGGAGAGCCAGAAGCAGGUGAGACCCGUUGGAAGGCACCGGGAGGAUGCCGGGGUCAGCAAGGACGGGCGGCGCCGCAAAUUCCCCGUCCGUUUUUCACCCGACUGGCUGGUGCAGCAGAAGGCUGCAGGUGAAGACCCUGCUGAGAAAUACCACAGGUUCCCGAAGAGGCAGAGCCAGGAAAGUGGCAGUAAAGAUGACAGAAGAGGUAGAAGGAAUUGGAUCCCUCCUUUGGGAUCUACGGCCCCAAACCGCCAGCCUUUCGCCGCGUUUCCGAAAAAGCACGAGCAGAGUGGUGGCAGCUUGUCAGAUUUCAUCAAUCCUUCUCUGCUUCCUUCGUUCCCAUUCAUGUCUGAUUUUAAGCAGAAUCCCAGCUUCCCUCCAUUUAAUCACCAACUGUUUCCACCAGCCAACACUUUCAAUUUCCCUCCACCGUCGUUUCCGUUCUCGGACCUCGUUGAUCUUUUCCACUGCGACGACUUCAACCCCUUGAGUCCCUUCAUGAGUGAGCUGUUCCCUGGAGAUGUCCCUGCGCCCUGCUUUGCCUUUCCAGCCCCAUUUCACAAGUUCAGACCUCCCAGGAGCCGCAGUGGCCCCGCUAACGAGCUCCACGUCCGGCUGGAGGAGUGUUCCGAGCAGUGGAGAGCUUUGGAGAAGGAGAGGAAAAAGGCUGAGGCUGACCUUGCAAGACGCUUCCCAGGGCAGCCCAGCUCCGUGCCCAGCCCCGUGCCGCGGCUCGCCGCGAAUCCAUCCCGCGUGGAUCGCCUGCUCGCUGACCAGGCCCGGGAGCGCGCCCGGGUGCUCGCCCUGAUAGGAAGAAUGGAGAGGCUUUGUGGUGCUCCCCUGCACAGGAACAUCUCCAGGACCUUGGAGCUGCACCUGGAAGCCAUUCAGGUGACCCAGGCACGUCGGAAGGAUGAGAUUGGGAAUGCUGCAAACCCCCAGAGCCAUGGGGGGCCACGCUACAGCAACGAGAAAGAUGUGCUGGCCCUGGCAGCUGCCCUGCGAGCCCUGGCUGGUGCCACGCGCCGAGCUCGCACCGCGCUCUGGUGCGCGCUGCAGCUGGCUCUGCCCAAAUCCCCUCCAGCCGGACACGGAAACCAACAACUGCUCCUGCAACAGCUUUGUCCUCCAAGCACGAGCAGCCAGGAAAAAAGCAGCCUGGAGCAGGAAAGCAGAGGAAGUGAAGAAGCUGAGGAAGCGAGGAAGGUUUUGGAGUGACCGGCGAUAAUAAACGGAAAGCGGAGGAUGGGGAGGGAAGGGCUCAGGUCCUGCCCAGCACUGCCAGAGGUGGAUUUCACUGCAUGUCAGGAAGGGGUUAAUUUAAAAAAAAGGGUUAAUUAAGGUGCCUGGUCAGUGCUGUGGUACUGUGGUGUGGAGAGACAUGGCUUGUGGUGGUGUUGAUGCAGUUGAAUAUUGCAGGUGUCUGCUGCUGAGAAUUUUAAUGCUCAGAGGAGCUGAACAAGAGCUGAGCUUUCCUGAGUCCAGCCAGGACCUGAGCAACCAGAGUCUGGUAGAACUUAAUUACCUUUUUUUUUUUGGUUAAUGAGACAAUUUAGGAUAUUUGAAGGUACUCAAUAGUCAUUCAGGGUUUGUUUUAUUUUCAUUUUUUGCACCAUGUGUAGUUCUUUCCAGAGCCAAAGUGAUCACUGAGUAGUUCGCACCCCAUCACUGUGUCAGAGCAAUCCGUGCUGCUGUGGUGGUGUUUUUUGGGACAGGUUGUCUCUGUUUGACAGGAAUAAUCAGUGCCCAGUGCUGGUUUUGAGAGGGUUUUGUGUUGCCAGUUCAGUUUCCAGCAAAGUCAAUGUGAGCUGAGCUUUUCCAUAGAAUUUCCACUUGGGUUUUUCCACUAAAAAAGUGGAUUUUUGUAGCUUUGCAGUGUGAGCUGCAUGGAAGUGCUCAUUAGCAGGUGAUAGAAAACUUGCUCAGGAUUAGAAAUUAGAUUUAUUGGUUCCUCAGUGGGUUUAAAACCAGUAACAAUAUAACAUAGUAUGCACUUAUAUAAAAAACCUAUUAUUUGUUACUGAUUAUUUGUUACUAAUAUAUGUUCUUGGUACUACAAUUUUUUUCAGACACAUUCCAUAUUUAUUUUAAUGUCUUCGCUAAAUGUUUAUUUUUAAAAAAAUUUGAGUAAUAUGAAGUUAAAUAUUUUGCCAAAUCUUCCGAAUAAUCAGAUUUAAUGCUUUACUCAGGAACUCUGUAUAUUAUUAUAUAAAUAUACACGUGGUAUAUAGGGAUUUUUUGGGAGAGGGAUGUUUGCAAAAUAUUUACACAAAGCUAAUUAUGUACUAGGUUACCAAAGCUCUUUCACUGAUCGUUUUUUUUGGUGUGGAAGGUUUAAUAUAUUUAAUUGCUGUUAAUUAGUCUCCAUUGUGUGGCUUAGACAAUCAGUGUGUGGUUGUUCAGGGUGAAAACUAGUAAAGACUAAUUAAUUCAAGCUGUGAUCUUAGGGCAUUUAGGAAUAUUUUAAUGCUUUAACAACUGUCUUACUGUUCCACAGUCUCCUAACAUGUACUAAUAAUUAAGGUUCUUGAGUAUCAGGAUAUUAAUGAACAGCUUUGGAGAGCAGUUCUUGGGUUAAAAGUGAAUCAAGUUGGGGAUAUAAGCAAAAUUUGAAGGACUAAAAUGAAGAUUUUUAUGUCAUGUGGUGUUCAGUGUCAAAUUUGACAUUUUUGUGGGUAAUUAUAGAGCUGUUCUCAUACGUAUUUGUACUUGCAGAAUUGUUCCAAAUGCAGUUGUGUAGUUCUGGAUGCGUGGAUGUUUCUAGAGCAGAUCUUGUCUCAGUAGUGCCAUCCUUAACUCUAUUGAGGCUUGGAGAUUUGUAGCUAAAAUUUACCCAGGCCUCAUUGUAAUCCACUGAGUGACGUUUAAAAGCAAAAGUAGAUAGAAAUCAGAUAAUUAGUAUAGCAAAAUCAUGGUUUUUUUUCCCCUAAAGAAAGUGAACUUUGCUUAAAGACUAUUUCAAACCUUAGCCUAAAAAACAGGUACCAGUUAUUUUGGUGUGUUUUCUCUCUGUGUACAUGGAAUUUAUUUGCACAAAGUAAUUUAAGAAGGUUCAAUCUGCAUUUGUGAAACUGAUUGUGCUCCACAGCUUCAAAGUGGAGUUUGCAGUAUUUCAGUUCUUGGGUGAUUUGGGGGUUUAAUUACCCAAAUUAAAAUUAAUUUACCGUUGCUGUGCUGCGCUGACAGGAAAUCAGAAUUUCAGAGUCUGGAUCUUGGGGCUUUUUUUCUGUUUACACAGCCAGGGUUGUUUUGUAGUGGUGAAUAUUUAGGGUAUAACUGGUUCUUAUUGUACUGCUCAUGUGUUAAUUAAUGCUCGUAAUUAGCUCAUAGUUAAUGUGCCUUUAACAAUCUGAUUUUUUCCAGCGUGUUAAAAAGCUGUGUGGUCACUUCUGGUUCCAAUUUCAGUUUAAAAAAAAAAAUGCAUUUUAAAGGGUUCCACGUGGCUGCAAUCAACUCAUGUUGUUAAUUAUGUUAAUUGCACUCGGGAGCUGCUCCAGGCUGGGUUCCUGAAGGAGCUCUGUGGCUCUGGAAUGUCCCCCUGGAUCCUGUGCCCAGGUCAGGUGCUCCUGUUUCACUUGGCCUCGCUCACUUUUCUUCACAAAAACUCCAGCUCUUCAAACAAAAAUAAGCUUUUAUUUGCAAAAAUAAGUUUUAUUAAUUAUUUAGUGCCCUUUUCUUUAAAUUCAUUGGUCAUGGACAGCAUCAGACCUAGAAUGAGUUUUGUCUUCAGCUCCUAAUUUCAGAAUGCUCCACUUCUGUUGUUUUAUUACGAAACCUUUUGCAUUUUAAGGGAAAAAAAACCACUUUAUUUUGUAAAGUUGCAGCAGCUCUGUCAGUCAGAACAUCAUUUUUGCUGCCUGGUGUUUAAUUUGGCAGCAAGGCACAGAUUCUGCAAGUCUUGCACUGAGUUUUGGGUGUGAAUAAGCACAAGUGUAAUGCUUGUGGCUUUAGGGAGUAAUUGUAUUCACGUUUUACUGACUUCAGGGAAAGCAGAAUUGAGGUUUUGGGACACAUUUAAGCCAAAGAGGUGGUUUUGGUUUGGAGUUAGUUUUGAUGUUUACAGAGAGAAAAAAAAAAAAAAUGUCCCUUUCCCUCCUCAUUUUGAGAAGCUAUCAGGUAAAAUUCAGUUUAUUCCCUUUUUCCCCCACCUCCACCCUUCCACUCAGCUUUCAUGAGAUUUAUUAUUUGGGGGUUUUUUUUCCCCUGUUUUGAUUUAUACUUUUUAAAUUUAGGGUGAAGGUGGCAGAGUUGUAGCCAGUCCUGGUGGCAGGGACACUGGAUUGCUGCAGUUUAAAUAAAUGGAGCACUCAGCUGUCCCUUUUUGAGUCAGGAUCAUUAUCAGGGUGCUUUUUGAUAGUUAUUAUUGAAUCUUUAAUGCUUUCAAAUCCCAAAUUCAUAGUCCAGUACAACACAGACUUAAGAAUUGCAAUUAUUUCUGCAUUCUGUGCAAAUUACUGAAGGUUUUUGAUGAUUCAUCCUUAUUAAUUCCCAGAAGGGAGGCCAGCAGCAGGGAAGAACUCUUAAUUAUUUAUUUUGACUUUAUUUUUUAACUCUUUUAUUAUUUUUUUUUUCUGGUUAUAAGUUUUGUACCUCUGUUUUUCUGUACCCACAGGGUCCUUCUGGCAGUUAAAUUGCUCUGAUGCUAUUUGCAUAAACUAAAACUCAGAAAUUGGUAUUAAUUAGUUAUUCCCAUUAGAGCAGCAUGCAGGGAGGUUAUUUAAGUUCAUGCUGCUUGUCUUGCUGUGGCCUUUUCAAGAGUGGGUGACUUUAAUUCCCAAACUGCUGCUAUUGCAUUUUUAUCCUUUCCAAACUGAAUAUUUUUUUUUUCCUUUGCUGCUGGAAUUUACCACCACCACCAAUAUUUUUGUCUGUACCUGGGUAUGUGAAGUUUGGGAAUGGUUUGCCUUAGUCAGAACUGUGCUCUGGUUCGUGCUAAGUCUCUCGUGGUUAUUUCUUUUUGAAGGAAAUCAGUGUUUUAAGGUGGGGAUUUGGUGGGGAUUUUGCUGAGGGAUUUCUGUUUGCAGAGAACCGUGGGGACACCCCAGAUUUUUGCACUUUUCCAGAGCCCAGCUUCCUGGCACUGUCUUUGACCUGCAGCCCCUUUUUUGGGGGGGAUAAAAAGGAGGAAAAGGGACCUUGAAGAAGGAAGGAGCCCAAAUUCCAGUGGGGAAUUCUCUUUUUGCCUUCCACGGUCAGGAGGGCUUGAAGGGACUUGAAGCAUCAGCUCCUCUCCUGGCAGGAUUUAAGCUCAGCUUUCCUAGACUUGGGAGGUGGCAAAGAGCAAGGAGAGCUGAGCACAGGAGGGGUUUGGCUGUGGCUCAUGUCUGUUCUUCCUGCAGUGGCAGAACCCACCUUGGCUCUGUGGGAUAUUUACUGAGUCUUAGCUCUGAUUCUGCAGGAAGUUGGAUUUUUGUUUUGUUGAAACACCGUAAAAAUUAUGCAACAAACAGACCUUAAGCCUAUAUGCUUAUUAUUUUUUUUAAUUCUAUUUUUACCUGCUCUGGAAGCUGGGUAUUGGAAUUAUUUUUCUUUUUUUUUUUUUUUUUUUUGGCCCGUUCUUUGGUUGAGAGCUGCAAUUUUCACAAAUGCUGCAUGGUGGCACAGCCCAAAGCAGUGGGCUUUGGGGAUUUUGUUCUUUAGAUCUUUAUUUCUGUGGCAGGAUAUGUGCUCUUAGCUGCAAAACUAAGAGUUCAAUUCUUUAUGGCCACAGUCUGCUACAGAUUUAUUCAUUUAUUUUUCCUAAUGGAGUCGUUAAAGUGGAAAAACUUUUGAGUUAUUGAUUAUUUAGUGUUUGUGGAUUGAACAGGAGCAGGGAGCACUUCCCAUCAGUCAAUAUGAGGGCAGUUGACUGUGGAAUAUUUAUUUUAAUUGUUAUUUUUUGAACAACUGGGCUGCUGAAGAGCUGCCUGUGGUCCUGCUUCCAUUGAAGCCGCAGCUUUUAAGGGAUUUCAGUCCUGAUUUGGCUUUGUUGCUUUGCCUUGAGUUCAGGAGCUCAGUGGCUCACCUUGAACUUUUAUCAAGAAACUCUGGAGGGAUGAGCUCCCAGCCUCUUUUACAAGGAUUCUUGGAAUGAGCCUGGAUAAUUGGGAUUUCUCUUAAAGCUGAGGAAUGCACCUGCUGCAGGACCUGGGGAGUUUCUGGGAAUUUUUGCACCUUGUUUUCUCCUGUUCUGCUUCAAGGGAAAUAGAGCCUUAACCAUGCUGGGACCUUGGUUUAUUAUUCCCUGUGCAGUUUAUCCAUGGCACUCACCAGCACUUUUUGGGGUUUUUUUAUUUUGGUUUGUAGCACUUGAGAUGUCUUGGUUUUUUUAUCAAUUAUUUUUUUUCUUUUUUUUUUUUGGUAGAGAACUGCUUUGUAAUGUUCUAAAAUAAAAGAAUAACUUUGCCAAGCAAAUUUAUCAGUGCUGUAGAAUGGAAAGUCCUUAUUUUUCUUUGUUAGCAAUACUGUAAUCAAAGGUGCAAAAUAAUGUGUUUAAUGUACAUGCCUGUGCUGUUAGAGACUGAAAAUAUAUUGGGUUAGGAGCAACUUCUAAACAAAUUGAGGAGCUAGAGUUAAAAAUCCUCUUUGCUUGUUGCCAAAUGAGCUUUAAAAAGGAAAAUAUUUGCAUAUAGUGUGUUAAAACAAAAAAGCACUGGUUAGAGAGAGAAUAAAUCAGAGUAAAAAUCAUUGCCAGACAAAGAUUGCUUUGUUUUUUACUGAAUAAAACACAACUUGUUUAUGCACAACAGGUCCUUAAUGAGCAUAGUUUUUUCACAGAAUUAGGCUGUUUCCAAUAUAUAGAUGGGGAAAAAAUAAGUUUCCUUUUAUUUUUUAUGACAGAUAUACAAAGAUGAAUAGUGUCUAUAUUUUAAUAUUACUGUUUGGUGUCUGAAGUGUAUCAUUUGCCUGUGUGUUGGUCUAACUCAUUUCCUUAAAAUACCCCAUUUUACACUGCUAGUGAAAUAUUACUGAAGGACAGUUUGGUUGGGCCCAACAAAAAUAUGUGAAAUUAGAACUUAGCUUAAAAAAACUCGUUGAUUAUGCAAGAUUUUAAUCAUUUAUCAAUUUAGGCUUAGUUAAGUGUUUCUGUAAAACAACUGUGGAUGUUUGAACGCUGCAAAAAAAUCUUACUUCUACCUCUUGUGUAACAUCCUUAAAAUUGCCCUUCACAGAUGUGUCUGAUGCCACAGGGUGUUGUGCACCUUAACUUGGGAAUUUCAUUUGCUUUUCCUUUUAUUUUUAUUUUGUUUUUUUUUUUUUAUUGUGGAACACCAGGAUGCCUUGUUAUGUCCACCUGUGCUGAACUGCUGGGGUUUGUGUCACAUGUGUGAGAGCCUUCAGAAAUAGGAGAAUUCUGUAAUAAGUCAUGGCCAGUGUAAUUUUUCUGGUAUUUUCUAUGUGUGUGGUUUGAUUCCUUUUAUUUAAAUAAUCACCUGUGUUGUGUGGAUGUCCCUAAUAAAUGGUGACAGCUUGUUUAGAUCAACUCACACUGUUUCUCAGCUGCUGAAUUUCAGUUUGGUAAUUCUGCCUUGAGAAGACCUGUUCUGUGUUCAUGACAGAAAUUAAAAUCCUUUGUGUUUUUUUGUGA